AUGCCCACCUGGCCCUGGAACUGGGACUGGACGUGGUGCAAAGAGCCCGUCGCCUCGCCCAGCAUCCGGCCCAUCGACCCCCCCGACGGCCUCGCCGCCCUCAGGGAGAUCAACGAGCCCCAUCCCGCCAACCCGCUCGUCAACCCCGCGGACCCCAACGACAAGCGGCGCGUCCUCACCCGCAAUGACCCUGUCGCGUACAAGGCGCUCGGCUACGGCAAGAAGUGGUAUGAGAAAUGGGCCAUCCUCACCGGCGUCUUCGUCGUGCAGUUGAGCAUGAACUUCAACGCCGCCGCGUAUGGGAACGCGGGCGAGGGGAUGAAGGAGAAAUUUGGCGUCUCUCAGUCUCAGGUUAAGCUCGGGCAGAUGUUGUUCCUCGUCAUGUAUGCCUUUGGCUGCGAGCUCUGGGCCCCGUGGUCCGAGGAGCUGGGGCGAAAGUACGUGAUGCAGGGGAGUCUGCUCUUUGUGAACGCCUGGCAAGUCGGAUGCGCGCUGGCGCCGAACUUUGCCACUAUCCUCACCUGCCGCGCGCUCGGGGGUCUGAGCAGCGCCGGCGGCAGUGUGACGCUGGGAAUUGUCUCAGAUCUGUACGAGCCCGAGGAGCAGCACUAUGCGGUUCUGUACGUGGUGCUGUCGUCCGUGGCUGGCAGUGUCAUUGGGCCGAUCGCCGGAGGCUUUAUUCAGACAUAUCUGACUUGGUACUGGGUCUUCUGGGUCCAAUUGAUCUUCGGCCUUGUUGCUCAGGCAGUCCAUUGCGGCCUUGUACCCGAGACGAGAGAGCAUUGCCUUUUGGAUGAAGAAGCGCAGAGGCGUCGCAAGGCCGGCGAGGACCCCAAAAUCUACGGCCCCAACGAAAUCAGAGGCUCCUUCUCCAAGCGCACCGACUUCAAACAAAUGCUGGCCCUGAUGUGGCGCCCGUACAAGCUCCUCGCCACGGAGCCCGUCAUCCUUUUCCUCUGCCUGCUGUCUGGCUUCAGCGACGCCCUCAUCUUCAUCGGCCUCGACUCCUUCCCGCUCGUCCUCGGCCAGUUCAACUUCACCGUCAUCGAGAUCGGCCUCUCCUUCAUCUCCCUCCUCGCCGGCUACAUCAUCGCCUACAUCAGCUUCCUGGUCGUCUACGGAUACGAGGGCCGUCAGAAGAAGAAAGGGAAGCAGUACACUCCCGAACGUCGUCUGUGGUGGCUCCUCUGGCUCGUCCCGCUGGAGCCCAUCGGUCUGGCAUUGUUCGGCUACGCGGCUUUCGGUCCACCCAAAGUACACUGGUGGGUCGCGAUGCUCGGGGCGGCCUUCAUCGGCAUCGCCAACUUCGCCAUCUACAUGGCCACCAUCGACUACAUGAUCGCGGCCUACCAUCCCGUCGCCGCCUCCGCGACCGGUGGCAAUGGCUUCUGCCGUGACUUCCUCGCAGGUCUCGCAGCGCUCUUCACCGGUCCGUUCUACAAGGAAAUCCGACCGGGAACGAAGUGGCAGUUCUCGAGCCCGACGUUCAUCCUCUGCGGGAUCGGCACGCUGUUGUGCGUGCCGGUCUUCGUCUUCUACUUCUUCGGCGAGUGGUUCAGGAACCGGAGUCCGUAUGCCACCCAGAUCGAGAAGGAGCGCGAGGAGGACAGGGAGGCGAGGGAGCACGCCAUCAUCGAGAGCAGAAAGGUGACGCCGAAAUCAACGCCUGCAGCAUCGCGGGCGUCGUCUCCGGCGAGGGCGGGGAGAGUGGACCGUGGCGGGAGGAUCAUGGAGAUGAUGAGGCUGCGACCUAAGAAGGAGCCCAUCGACAUAGGCAUCGAGGAGCUUGAAAUAUGA